GAGCGAUCGAGAGGAUCAGCUCAGUUCAUUCUGCACUUACUCAUCAUCUCGCUUCAUGCUCAGACUCUUUGACUGGACAUCCUGAAUGAAGGAUGACCGGGAAAAUGCAAACCAGUAAUAUAACAAACAAGACAGAUCCUCGAUCUCUGCAUUCCAGAGUGUUUAUUGGGAACCUCAACACUGCUGUUGUCAAGAAGACUGACAUUGAGCUGAUUUUUGCCAAGUAUGGAAAGAUCACCGGAUGCUCUGUGCAUAAGGGCUUUGCUUUCGUUCAGUAUGCCAGUGAGAGGUGCGCUCGCUCGGCUGUGGCCGGUGAGAACGUCAGAGUACUUGCUGGACAGAACUUGGAUAUUAACAUGGCUGGAGACCCCCGUCCUUAUAGGCCAAAAGUGGGAUCCAGACGCCCCUAUUCCUUAUACAGUGGCUAUGAAUUUGAUUAUGAUUUCUACAGGGAUGAAUUUUAUAACAGGAUUUUUGACAUUCAUGGACGAUUAGCACCAUCCCCUCGGGCUAGCAUACCCAUCAAACAUUCUCGUGUGGUUGCUCUCUCAACACGCAGAACGAAAAACUCUUUCCAGCCAAAGAUGUCCAGCUGCUCUUCUUAUGUAACAAGGCUAUCUUCAGGUUCUUUUUGCUUUAUGGUGAAAUCCGAUCAGCUCCUGACAAUCAAGCAAGAACUGUCUCAGAUCAAGAUUAAGAUCGACUCCUUACUGGGAAGGUUAGAGAAGAUUGAACGGAAGCAGUUUGCAGAGGCAGAGGCCCAAAGGAAGCACGAAAAAGGCCAUCAAUCCCUCUAUAGUGAGACAGGAGAGGAUUCUGGAGAAGAGCAAGAGCGUCAGGAAAGCGAAUCUUGGAAAGUUACUGAUGAAGACUAUGAUGACAGUGUUAACAAUGAACUGAUAGAAAUCCACAUAUCUGAUAUAGACAACUGAACGGAUGGAGACAAGCACACUAUCAAGUUUAAUUUUUGAAGAUGUCCAGCUGGAAACUGUCAGUUUUUUCAAUGUUAGAAACUGUCUGGCUUGAAUAGUUUAUUAUUUAUUUAUAAGGACAAAUAAACAUCAGGGACAAUAAACAAAAGUUGUUCAGACACAUCCAUAUGUCAAUACAUGCUUGUCACGGCAUAAACCAAGCAAGAGGGAGAACACCACAUAAUCUUUAAAAUUAAUGUAUGUUAGAAAAGGAGUAAUACAAGUUCACUGUCAUUGCCACAUG